CGCUGUGUGUUACUUAUGAGAUCCAGGCAUUCCAGGGAAGCUUCAUCGGCAGUGACAUCAACUUAUGGUUGUUUGCUUGCAUUGUCUUCGGAGUCGGACCGCUUCUGCUGCGUAAAAUCGAAGGUUUUUCCAAGUUACCCAGCAAGAAUGGCGAGUGCAAGCAUCCAAGCCGCUUUUGAGAAGUCCAUUUUGGAAAGUGCCAAGCUUGUGGAGGAACAAGUAAAUGCCGAGAUUGAGCGGCUCGAACAAUUGAAAGAUGACGACCUUGAAGGUAUACGGCAGAAACGGCUGGAAGCCAUGAAGAAGUACGAAAAGAAAAAGAUAGAGUGGCUCCAGAAGGGCCACGGAGAGUACUCCGAGCUCGCCUCGGAGCCAGAGUUCUUCGAGACGUGCAAGAAGAGCGAGCACGUCGUCGUCCACUUCUACCGCGAGUCGAGCUUCCGGUGCAAGAUCGUGGACAAGCACCUCAAUAUUCUGGCACAGAAGCACGUGGAGACGCGCUUCGUGAAGAUCAGCGUUGAUCGGGCACCAUUCCUCUGUGAGCGCAUGAAGAUUCGUGUCCUGCCCACCAUUGUCCUCUUCAAGGACUUCAAGUCGAAGGACUACAUUGUCGGUUUUGAUGACCUCGGCGGAACGGACGACUUCACGACCGAGAUGCUGGAAUGGCGCAUCGCUCGCGGUGGCAUCAUCAACUACGCUGGAGAUUUGCAUACUCUGCCGGACCAGACGAAGACGGAAAAGAGGCCGGCGUUCACCGUCCAGCGGAAGACCAUCCGCGGAAAAGGGGGGGAUGACGACAGCGAUGAUGAUUGACGUGGAUGAUGGUCGUGUGGUGUAAUUUUUGUUGUACUGUCUUUUUAUGUGUCAUCUUUACGCAACACUGUUAUGUGCCGUGUACAACAUGCUGGGGAUGUUAAAUUAACAUAGAGGA